AAAAACGAACGCAAAUUUUAUUACAACGAUCUGGAACCAGCAACUCCAGCAAAGAAACGCAAAAGCCACAGUACUGUUGAGACAUUGCCAAUUACUUGUCCCGCCUGUGCAGUGGUUUGUUCACAAGAGCGCGUUUACUGGAACCACUUCCCAUCGAAAGAUGCGUUAUUCCUAUGCCCGGAAUGCAUUCAGUCAUACGGCAAAAUUUAUCCGAUUAAAACGACACUGAUUAUUGCGCCAGCCACGAUUUGUCAUCAGUGGUACGAAGAACUGAAAAGGCAUAUCAGUGCCGAUGUGAAAAUUGAUAUGUAUCGAGGAGUCUUAUAUGAUGGCUACAAACAUCCCGAAUAUCUGGCCACACAGGAUAUUGUUGUCUGUUCAUUUGAGACACUUCGAAGUGAAAUCAAUUUCAUGGGAGCUCGGCCAAGACGUGAUUCACUGCGUCAACAGAAGCGAUUUCGUUUGGCGCCAACUCCACUCGUUGCCGUCGAAUGGUGGCGGGUGGGUUCACUGUUUCUGUAUUUCAUUAACAAAAUUUGCGUUGAUGAGGCACAAAUGGUGGAAAGUACAUCAAGUGUAGUGGCAACAAUGUGCGAAGAGUUACAUGCUUUAUUGAAAACUAUUACAGAUCUCUACGGACUUCUGCGUUUUCUUCAUGUGGAGCCAUAUUCGAAUGAAUGUUGGUGGCGUAAUGAUUUGAUGGCUGAAUACUGGCGGGGUAACAGUGAACCGUUAAAGCGCAUUUUUUCGAAAUUGAUGUGGAGGAACACAAAAGAAACCGUUGCAGAUCAGGUUUUAUACUUUUUUUAA